GAUGUUCGAAGCCAGAGUCAUCGCAGUCGACGCUAUGUUUGUGCUCGCGGCCUUCGGAGGACCGCCCCGCUUCCAGUACCGAUGUCCUUCCCGGCGGUAGGCGGAUUGAACCUCGGAAGCCAGAAAAAGACCAGCCUGAGAUGGAAGACUUCGGACCUCCAUACACGGACAUAAUUCUCAGCGAACUGCUCAGCGCAUUCGGCAGUCCUAGCGAGCGCAGCGCAGAGAACGAAGUCGCUGCCGACAACGAUUCCUCUUCGUUCCUCCCGCUCUCGGACGAAAUUUUGGAACGGCGCGAGCACGCCCUCUCUCGGGACGCGUCAGAACCUCCCCGGCAUUCCACUCCGGUCAAGUUCGGGCAAGACGCGCGACCUACCCGCUGCCGUUCGAUUUACGGGCUCUACUUUGAGGGCAACGAAGAGAUAAGCCUCGAGUACCUCGGUCCUACCUUCCGAGGUGACUACGAUUCAGAGUCGGACAGCCUCGAGUCUACGGACGAUUCUCUGGAAAAGGAGAGCCGGGCCGAACGGAGCGUCUGCCUCGACGACGAGGAAGUGUACGCAGAUACACGCCAGCUCGAACUCGAGCCACAGCAUGACAAAGCGAUUGAAACUAAUCCGUCCCCCGAAAAUGUCGAGAUCUGUAGCGACUCGAGCAAUGCACUAAGGAACGAAGACAGUACCGACCGCAAGAGCUCUGCAGUAAGGAAUGAAGACAGCACCGACGGCGUGCCAUCGCAUGUUCUUAACGCUUUGCUUGUCGCAGGCGCCAGUGAGCACAUCGCUGCGGAAGAAAAAUGUGCGGGCGAACGCUCCACUGAAGCGACCUCCUCGGCUACUCGAAGGAAAGCUUACAGUUUUAUCCUUGUGGUAAACGGGCAAGAUGACGUCCCAAGUGUGCGCAGCGCAAUCGCCUCUUUAUUCCCGAAAGCUCGCAACGCUUCAGUCGAGGAGACAGGUGCAGAGAAACCGAAAGUAUCGGUAUACGAGUUCGAAUACGAGGUAGUGAGCGCGGAUGAACUUGAAGCGGCUUCCGCUACGGAAAAGAAGUCUCCAGACGAGGAAACACGAAACAGUAGGCCUGGAAACGAAACAUUCGUCGAUGUACCGCCAACACACGCUCGUGAGUCGGUGCUUACGGCAGGCUGCCGUGCGCAUUACGACGGUGAAGAGUACAGGGCCGCAUGUUCCACCGAGGCGCUCUUUCCGGCAUCUGUAAAUGCUCUCCAUCGUUCGACUGGUGCUUUAGACAACGAAAAUAACUAUUUAGAUGGUGUGCGCUUCCCGGGAGCCCCAUCGCCAGCACUAGAAGUCUGUGACAGUUCCCUUGAGCCCCCUCGGAGCUAUUUCGACGGUGAGUGCAUCACGGUUGCCUCGUCACCAGACGUCCAUGACAGUGCCCCCGAGCCCUCUCUAGAAAGUGAUUUGAACUUAUCGGCCUAUGAACCUCAAAAUGAGAAACUGGGUGAGAACGCAACCGAAUGCAUUCAGAUUCUGGAUAACACGCCCGAAAAAGGCGAAACCCUGGACGUUGUGGUUGCAGCUGACAACUGCCGUCAGGAAUCGCUAUCACGUACUGCUGAGCCAGUUAUAAUCGCAAGCGACCAUGAGGACGGGCACACAGGCACGCCUUCUUCUGAGAGAAUCCGCCCAGCAACAGUAACAGAUAGCAAUUGUUCGGCCGUAUGUUCAGGCGACAGAGAUGACGAGGACGGUGCAGGCAGUGCGGUUACCUCGUUGCCACGAAUACGCUACGGUUACGCUGAGCGCUUUCCUGAAAUUGAUUCCCUCUUCUCGACUAUUCAGCUUGAACUUGAGCCAAAUAUCGAGAAAGUAUGCGGAGCCAAUAGCGCUACCGAACUAGGCUUUCGAGACGACCAAGCCCCAAAUGCUGCGAUUGAAGACCGCAAUCAGUCAUCACAGAAGUCCCUGCACAUUCAAGCUGCCCAAUCGCACAACGACGAGGAGAAAAAGUACAAAGAAACAUCUUCCACAGUGACGGUCUCUCCAGCGCCUGAAAUAUCUAGUGAAUGUUGGGCGAGAGGUUUGGAGAGCGAAGAAGACUACAAUGGUACAGGCUGCAUUGUAGGCUCGUUGCCAGGAGCUCAUGACAGUCGUAUUGAGUUUGCUCGUCGAGCUGAUUCAAACUGCGCUGAUAAUCCAGCUGAAUAUGAUCUCGAGAUUCAAGAAGCAGCUGAACACGCUCUCGUUGCGGAAGACGAAUCUCAGGACUAUUGCACACUGAGCUCAGCGAUUCAAACUCUGUCCUCUCCUCAACGCAGACCUGAAUAUCAGCCGGUUGCCGGGGCGAGAAUAGGAGCUGAGCCCUCCAAGGAUGAUGUUUCACACGACACGAUGCCGGUCAUGGUUGAUGAUACUGAAUCAAGUGAAGCUAAGAGCAUUUGUGAGAAUCCCCCAACUUCAGUCCUGGGCUUUUCAGUGUCAACAGCUCAUGACGUCUGUUCAGAGAUUUUUCGUGAAGUUGAUUUGAUGUCAUCGGCUGAUGGAGCUGCAUACAACCAACAGAAUAAAGAGAAACAUGAAGUCAUUCUCAUUGCGGAAGACACGUCUCAAGAUGAGGACCCACUAAGCACAGCGAUGACAAAACAAAGCGUGCUAUCACCUAAACGUAAUCCUGAAUCGCUACUUGUUGCAUGCACUGAAGCACGGCGCGAUGCCUUCGAAGAUGUUUCUUGUGACACGUUGGCGACCACGAUUGGUGAUACCGAAUUUAGUGGUGCAAGGAGCGCUUGCCAGAAUGAUUUAUCUUCAACCCUGCUUUCUUCAUUGUCAGAAGCUGGUGACACCUGUGCGCAGAAUUUUCAUGAAGUUAGUUCUCGCUCCUCGGAUGAUCAAGCUCAAUAUGACGCACACCUUCAAGAGGCAGAUCAUUUCUUUAUGGUUGCGGAAGACACGUCUCAAAACGAUGAUACACUGAGCACUGAGAUUCGAAAACAAAGUAUAUUGCCACCUCAAUUUAUUCCUGAAUCGCAUCUUGUUGCUUGCACUCAAGUACAACGUGAUGUCUCCGAGGAUGAUGUUUCACAUGACACGAUGGCAGUCACCUCUAAUGAUGCUGAAUUCAGUGAAGCGAGGACCACUUUAUAUUCUGCCAUGCCUUCAUUAUCAGAAGUUGAUUCGGCUGAUCAAUUGAUUCGAGAGACAGGUAAUGUCGUCCUCCUUACGAAAGACGGAUAUCAAGACAAUGAUACACUCAGCUCUGCCAUUGGAAAUGGGAAUAUACCACUACCUAAAGGUAAUCAGGAAUCGCUGCUACCAUGCACGCAGAUACUAGACGCUUUCGAAGACGAUCUUUCCCAUGGCGUGAUGCCUUUCAAAGCUGCUGACACUGACACAAGUGGAGCUAAUAUCACUCUUGAGAACAAAUUGUCAUCAUCCCCGCCUUAUUUAGUGUCCGGAGCCCGUGACAGCUCCGAUGAAAUUUGUGGCGGAGUUUAUUCUCACUCUUCAGCUGAUCAAGCUCAAUACGACCCUCAGAUUAAAGAGGCAGGUGAAGUCGCUCUCCUUACGGAAGGCACAUCUCAAGAGGAUGAUAAACAGAGCAUUGCGAUUGGAAAUCAAAAUAAGUUAGCUCUAUAUAAUCCUGAAUCGCUACUCGUGUGCACUCAAGUACGGCGUGACGUAUCCGAGGAUGGUGUUUCACAUGACACGGUACCGGUAACGUCUAAAGAUAAUGAAUUCAUUGGAACUGAAAGCACGCAUGAGAAUGACUUACGUUCUGCCCUGCCUUCGGUAUCAGGAGUUGACUUGAACUUAUCCGCUGAUCGAGGAAUUGAAGAGGUGAGCCAAGUCCUCGCUACGGAAGAGACACCUCAAGACAAUACUACACCGAGCUCUGUAGUCCGAAAUCAAGAUACACCAUCACCUAAAAAUAAUGCUGAAUCGCCGCUUACACAUACGCACACGCCACUUGAGGUUUCCGAAGCCGUUGUUUCACGUGACACUACGCCUGUCGUGGCUGACGAUACUGGCUACUGUGGAGGUAGUAGCACUCUGGGGAAUAACUUAUCUGCAGCCCUACCUUCUUCAUUGACAGUUUGCGACAGCUACGUAGAGCUUUUUAAUGGAGUUAAUUCCAACUCAUCGGCUAAUCUAGCUGAAUACGACCUGCACACAAAAGAGGUAGAUGAAGUCGUUCUCGUUACGGAAGACAACUCGCAAGACAAUGGUACACUGGGCACUGCUACUCGAAAUCAAAAUGUCUCAUCGCCUAAACAUAAUACGGAAUCGUUACUUGUUGCGUGUACUGAAGCUCAGCGUGACGUCUCCGAGGACGAUAUUUCACGAGAAACGAUGCCAGCCCCGGUUGGUGUCACUGAAAUAAGUACAUCUAAGAGCAUUAGUCAGAACAACCCACGUUCCGACCUGCCGUUUCCUGAAGAUCGUAGAGACGCCUCAAAACUUUACGAAGAUGACUCGUCCAGGACACUGCUCCGUGAAUCGCUACCUCCUAAUAUCAAGGCCACUCCACAGCACUCGAAGUCUGAACCUGCAGCAUGGGCACCUAAGCCAGUAAAGCAGCUCGUCACGGACGUCCUUGAAUGGAUCAAUACGACGUCCUUUUUACCAAUCGUUGAUUACUGCCCUCCUUCUCACAGUGGUUCCGUAACCUCACGUUCACCGUCACGGCCACUGCUAACGUUGUUAAGCGAAGGCGAGAUUCGCUCCGAUAGCGAAAGCGAAAAUGUUCUUUCUUUGGACCUCCUUCCCAAAGCAGCAGCAUGUGAAGGCGUGUAUGCAGACCCUGAGUACGACCCAGAAGCUUUCCUUCCUAUAUCACCCAUAUCAGCGCCCACAAUGAGCGAAGGUGAGACAGCCGACUCUGCCAGUGAUGAAUCGAAUACGUCAUCAUUUCUGGCAUCAGAAUUGAACGAAGCUGAGAAAUGCGAGUCCGAGGAUACAUCAACGGGGAGCGAAAGUACGACGACUGACACCAACGACGAAACUACGAGUUCUUGUUCGUCGUCAUCCUCUACACAGUCGUAUUCUUCAUCGUCAUCUACACAAUCUGCAUCUGAUUCUGAAGAUAGCACCGCGAGUACUUCUUCACCACUUUCAGGGCUACCGAGACACGAAAUUCCAGAAGCCCAGACUUCGAAAGAAGCGGAUAUCAGCAAAGAGAACACAGUCAGAACUGAAGACGCCGCGGCAGCUAUGCAUUCUGAGCCGGGUUAUGCCCAACCUGUAUCUUCCAGAACUGAUCUAUUUGACCAUCAAGAUAAUCAAGAAAAUUACAAUGCUACAUCCUUGGCAUCGACACCGGCGUUAAAAAUGGACAACAAAGACGAUCUCCAGUAUGACGCUGAUAUUUUGAUUCCAUUGUUGUUGCCAGUUUCCCUGACUUCGCCAAGCAGUAGGCAUGCUGAGCCGUGUUAUACGCAACCUGCAUGUUCCGCAGCUGACCUACCUGACCGUCAAGAUAACCAAGAAAAUGGCUUUUCUGCAUCCUCAACUUUAGUAGCGCCAUUAAAAGAAUACAAGAAACGCGAUUUUGAAUAUGACGCUGACAUGGUGAUUCCCUUGGCAUUGCCAAUUUCUCUGACUAGGCCAAGCCAAAACGACACAGUUGAAUCACGCCUCGACCACACAGCUCCACCUGCCGCCCCACCUUUUGCAAAAUCCAAUAUAAGUGGUGGCAAGAAAACCGUCUCUGAACAUGCUUCUUUAACCUUGCCUCGGCUAUCGCCGUGUCCGGAACGUCUUUCAGGCGACGGCAAGGCAGCGAAUGUUCAAGAUGAAUUGCCUCACGUGCCUACGAUUGAAAAAGAACGCAAACAAAAGGGUCAAAGAAAACGCCCUCUGCAGAAUGAUUUGCGCAGACGCUCCAAGAGGAGGACCAUCGCUGCCAUUAAAAAACCAGUACGACCAGAAACAACCGCGCCUCCAAGACCCAAUAAACGACCUCCGCUCAUAAGCGACGACCCAGCAGAAAACAGGGACAACAACAAUCCGCAGUGGGAAUCAGUACGUCGACUCAGGUCCAAAGACGAACGAUACAGGGCUGUCCUCAGAGUCUGGCACAGCAAGAGAAUUCCAGAUCCUCAGAAGGACCUCACUGUUUUUCACUAUCGGCCACGCUUGCUGGGCCUCAAGCUUUGCGUGCUUCCGUCGUCUCGACGCCAACGCAAGCGUAAAGCAUCGUGCAGCUCCGGCUCUCGAUCUGGUGACGCCAAGCGUCAGCGAUUAGACACUGACAUCUUUGACAAGAAAAUCGAAGACGUCAAGAAGAGCAGGGAUAGGGAAAUGGCGGAAGCUGAAGAUAAGCUUAAUCGCUGCCUACGAGAAGUCCGUAAACACAAGAGAAGCGACAGACGGCGCCGCUCAGCAGGAGACCAUAGUGGCUCUUCACCUACGAGACCCGGGAGAUACCGACGCCAGUCUUCCGGAGUCCGAAGCGACUCUUCUCCGAAGAGGCGCAGUCGAAGACGGCGCAGUUCAUCUGAAAGCUACAGCAGCUGUUCGGCGAGAAGACGCAGGAGCCGGUCUCGCUGUUCUUCUGAAGAUGAAAACGACUCGUCACCUGGGAGGUCCGGAAGAAGGCGACACCAUCCUUUUGAAGACACUAGUGACUACUUUCCAAGAAGGUGCCGAAGGGGACGUUGCCAGACUUCUGGAGGAAGGAGUGACUCGCCCUCAGAAAGGCACAGGACGCGAUGGCGCCGCUCUUCCGAGGAUGGGACCGAUGGCUCACGCAAGGAAGUAUUCCGCCGUCGAUUUCGAAGCAUAAGUCGCAGCAGAGGACGCCGCCAUACCUCAGAAGACGACAGCGAUUCGUCGCCAAGGAGACGCAGGAGAGGAUGGCGCGAUUCCCCCGGAAGCCCCAGCGACAGCUCGCCCAGGAGGCGGUUCAGAGGGCGCCGCUGGUCUUCCGAAAGCCAGAGCGACGACGACUCUUGCACGAGGAGUCGGGUCAACAGACAGCGCCGUCUUUCCCACAGCGACAACGACCGCUCACCGAGUAGACGCUCAAGGGACAGGACGAAGUCCGAGAACUCGCUGUACUGGAGAAGACGGGAACGAAGGAUCCGGGAAGACUUUGAGGCCGACGUGCAAGGCAUCACCAGCAGGUAUCAUACCAGGGUAGACAAACUUGUCGCUGCGAGAAAAGAGGUGAGGCGGGUGAACAGCUUCUACUCAGGCUUGCGAAACACCGACCCGCGGAUGUUGUCAGCUCGUCAGACAAAAGACCAUUGGAAGUUGGAGUCGAUGUUAAGAGAGAUGAAGGGAAGUUAUGAGGAGGUGCAGGACUGAGAGUGUGCCGUAUGAAUGUUGCGCUUACCUUUGUGAUUAUAAUGUUAAAUGACGUGGGUAUCUUGGCAUCUUUUUAUGAACAAUCCCAAUGAACGCUAUAAACGCUUUGUACAGCCAAAGUGACGAAAUGUCUAUCGACUGCGUAAGCAGAACACAUUUACAUGUUAGCGCUAUUGUGUUGAUGUCAUGAGUAUAUAUUUUUCUUAUGUCACAAAACAAAGCUUUGUGGAUUUCUUGUGUUCUGAA